UGUUUUUAAAUCAUACCAAAGAGGUAUGUCAAAAUAAAUAAAAUCAUACCAAAGAGGGAUGUCAAACAAAUAAAAUCAUACCAAGGAGGGAUGUCAAACAAAUAAAAUCAUACCAUAGAGGGAUGUAUGUAUUCAAAUUCAAGGGUGAGAAUAUGCAUAUCCACCUACUUUUCUUUAAAAAACUUAUGUCAAUUUUAGUUAAUUUUAAGCACUAAUCUUUUUUAUGGAUCCACUACAUUUUGUGAUUGUGCCCUCAAUAUCUUAGGUGAUUCAAUCAAUUAAUUUAAAAUAGAUAAACAAAACGUAAAAUAUGGAAAAGUUAAACAUAUAACAAAUUAAAAAAUAACAGCCAAUUUACUUAUAUUUUUGUCUAGAUUUACUUAUGUUUUUAUAGCUUUUCACUAAAAACUCACUAAAAUGACAACAAUAGUAUACGCAUUUUUAAAUAGUAGUUUAAUAUAAAGAGAAAAAUACUAUAACUAAUAACAUUGUUUAUUACAUACAAAAAUUAUGAAAGAAUACCAUAUAAUGUUUAAAUAGUCUAAAUAAUUUAUUAUCUUUUAUCAGUUAAACAAUAUAAAGAAAUAUAUUUUUGCUUAUUGUGCCAGCAAAGAUGUAGAAAUAAUGUGUCAAUAUGCAAUACUAUUUAUUGACUUAUUUAGUUAUUUUACAUGAAUGCAUUGUAUUUUAUUAUAAACUUCCAUAUAAUCCAUGUUUAUCUUUUGAAUGCCACAUAUAUAAAUAGAAAAAUCAAAUAUUACAAAAAAUAACAAGAAAACAAAAAAAUAAUCUAGAAAUAAUGUAUACAUAUAUGGUACCAUAUAUUGACUUAUUUAGUUAUUUUAUAUGAAUGCAUUGUAUUCUAUCAUAAACAUUCCUUAUAAUUUCAUGUAAAUCUUUGAAUUCCAUAUAUAUAUAUAAACAUAUAUAUAUAUUCAGCAAAUACCAUAUAUAUAAAUAUAUAAAAUAAUAAGAAAAAUAAAAAAAAAUCUAUACAAAUAUGUUUUCCUUCACAUUUUCCCUCACUUAAGCAUUUUCUGUACGUCUCUUGGCCUCCAUAUAUUCAGUCUCGUGUGGAGUCUCUCUUUUGUUUUGUUUUGCGCAUAUUCCCAACCAUGGCUGCUGAGAGGUUAAGGGACUUGAGUAAGCCUAUGGACGUCGCUUUACUCGAUUCCACCGUUGACGUCUUUUACGCUACAGGAUCUAAGGAAGAAAGAGCUGCUGCGGAUAAUAUCUUACGGGAUUUGAAAGCUAAUCCUGAUACUUGGCUUCAAGUGACUCACAUCCUGCAGAACACCAGGAGUACGCAUACCAAGUAUUUUGCCCUUCAGGUGCUAGAAGGUGUUAUCAAAUAUAGGUGGAAGGCAUUACCAGUUGUACAACGUGAUGGAAUGAAAAUUUACAUCUCUGACGUCAUUGUGGAGCUUUCAAAGAACGAAGCAUCUUUCAGAUCGGAAAGGCUUUAUAUCAACAAGUUAAAUCUCAUCUUGGUUCAGAUCUUGAAACAUGAAUGGCCGGCGAACUGGAGAAGCUUUAUACCUGAUCUAGUUAAUGCUGCUAAAACCAGCGAAUCUAUCUGUGAGAAUAGCAUGGCUAUUUUGAAACUCCUAAGUGAAGAGAUCUUUAAUUUCUCAAGGGGAGAGAUGAUUCAGAGAAAGAUAAACGAUCUGAAAGAGUCUCUAAACAGCGAGUUUAAACUCAUUCACGAGCUAUGUCUAUAUGUUCUCUCAGCUUCCAAAAGACCAGCACUUAUACGUGCAACGCUAUCUGCAUUGCAUGCCUAUCUUUCUUGGAUUCCGCUUUCGUAUAUUUUCCAGUCACCUUUGAUGGAAAACCUCCUUAAGUUCUUCCCUGUGCCGGCAUAUAGGGAUCUCACUCUUCAAUGUCUGUCAAAGGUUGCGGCACUUAAAUAUGAAGAGCACUACAGAAACCAAGUUGUCCAAAUGUACAUGAUUUUCAUGAAACAUUUGGAGGGAAUGCUUCCUUUUAAUAUUAAUAUCCCAGAGGCAUAUUCAGCUGGAAGUACUGAAGAACAGGCUUUUAUCCAGAACUUGGCACUGUUUUUCACUUCGUUUUUCAAGCUACAUAUAAAUAUCCUAGAAACUACAUCCGAAACUAUUCCCUUCCUACUUGCUGGUCUGGAAUAUCUCAUUAAAAUAUCAUAUGUUGAUGACACAGAAGUGUUCAAGGUUUGUUGUGACUACUGGCAUUUACUAGUUUCGGAGUUGUUUACAUCAGGUCAACGAGUAAGUCACCCCUGCACUAACUCCAUAGGAUUCCAAAUGUGGCUUCCUCCUACGGUUGGGAGCAUCGAACCUGAGAUCACAACACCAAAAAUACUUUACUCUGAUCAACUAUCAAAAUUAAGGGGGCUCAUGAUUACUCGCAUGGCUAAGCCUGAAGAAGUGCUAAUUGUUGAAGAUGAAAAUGGGAACAUUGUCCGCGAAACUAUGAAGGAUAGUGAUGUUCUUCUCCAGUAUAAGAUAAUGCGGGAGACAUUGAUCUUCCUCACACACUUUGAUCAUGAUGACACUGAAAGACAGAUGUUGAGUAAGCUAAGCAAACAGAUAAACAAAGAAGAAUGGACAUGGAAUAAUCUGAACACUUUGUGCUGGGCUAUUGGGUCUAUUUCUGGUUCCAUGGAUGUAGCAAAUGAAGACAGAUUUCUAGUGAAGGUUAUUCGGGCUUUAUUAAGUUUCAGUGGAAUCAUGAAGGGAAAUGACAAUAAAGAUGUUAUCGCGAGCAACAUCAUGUAUGUUUUUGGACAGUAUCCAAGAUUCUUAAAGGGCAAUUGGCAGUAUAUGAUGGUGAUUGUUAAGAAGUUGUUUGACUUCAUGCAUUCGACUCAACCGGGUGUUAAGGACAUGGCUUGUGAUACAUUCUUAAAGAUUGCUCAGCAAUGCAAACACAUAUUCCUUGUUGUUCAGGUUGGAAAACAGGAGCCAUUUGUAUCUGAACUUCUAGAAAGCCUGACUACAACUAUUAGACAUCUUGAGCCUCAUCAAAUUCAAACUUUUUAUGAAUCUGUUGCUUGUAUAAUCCAGGCUGAAUCAAAUCCUCAGAAAAUAGGUGAAUACAUCGAGAGGUUGAUGGCACUACCUAAUCAGAGAUGGGCAGAGAUUAUAGUAGAAGCACGUCAGAAUGUUGAUUCCCUUAUUGACCCUGAUGUGAUACAUGAUGUGCUUACUAUCCUCCAAACAAAUACAAGAGUUUCAGCUUCAGUGGGAAAAUACUUCUUAUCUCAAAUUUCAUUGAUCUUCUUGAAUACUCUGAAUAUUUACAAGAUGUACAGUGAACUCGUGUCAAGCAGCAUUGGUGAUAGUGGCCCGUGUGCUUCAAGGAUAUCUGUGAUUAAGCUUCUAAGGUCUGUUAAGAGAGAAAUCCUGAACCUGAUAAAAACGUUUCUAGACAAAAAUGAAAAAAAUCCAUACAUUGGCAAACAUUUUGUUCCACCAAUUAUGAAUAUUAUACUUGCUGACUAUGCAAGAAAUGUUCCUGAUGCAAGGGAAUCAGAAGUUUUAUCACUCUUUGAGACAAUAAUAAACCAGUACAAGUUUGCAAUGCAAGAUGAUGUGCCUCGCAUUUUUGAAUCUGUUUUCCAUUGCACUUUGGAGAUGAUCACUAAGAAUUUUGAAGAUUAUCCAGAACACCGGCUCAAGUUUUUCUUGUUACUCCGUGCCAUUGCUACAUCUUGUUUCCGUGCAUUGCUACAGUUGUCAAGUGAGCAACUGAAGCUAGUCAUGGACUCGGUUAUCUGGGCGUUUAGGCAUACCGAAAGAAACAUCGCUGAAACCGGACUUAAACUCUUACUUGUGUUGCUGAAAAAGUUUCAGAAAUCUGCUUUCUCUAACCAAUUCUACCGGACAUACUUUAUGCAAAUUGAGCAAGAAAUUAUUGCCGUGUUGACCGAUACCUUUCACAAGCCAGAGUUCUAUUGGCAUGUGUUCGUGCUACAGCGUCUAUUUCAACUGGUGGAGAGCGGUGCUUUAACCGAACCUCUGUGGGAUGCUUCAACGGUGCCUCAACAGUAUCCAAACAAUGCCGCCUUUGUUUGUGCACACACAACCAAUCUUCUAAGCUCGUCAUUCCCCAACAUAAGUGUACCAGAGGUGACAGAAUUUGUGAAAGGACUUUAUGAGUUGAGAGAUCACCCUGUUCCAUUUAAGAAUAACGUACGAGACUUCCUUAUACGGUCCAAAGAAUUUUCUGCUCAGGAUAACAAAGAUUUAUAUGCUGGACCUAUUGCUUCCGACGAGAAUCCAGAUGAGAUGAGUGAUUCUUAAAAAUAUUUUAUUUUCAUAGCAAAGUCUUUUCAAACAAUGUCUCUCUUUGUAGAGCUUCGUAAUAAAGAACAGAGAAGUGUGGGAUUUUAUUUCUUAUAUUAUCUUGGAUGAUUUGGUUUUCUAGUAUCAAUAAAACCUUUUAGAGGAUUUUAUUAAUAAAUAAAAAUUAUCUACCUUA